CAUUAUAUAUAAAAAAUAAUAAAAUAAUAAAAAAUAAGAAAGACUUAGCCACACUACCUAUAAAUACCCAUUAAAGAAAAUAUAGCUCUCAAUCCCCCACAACACAAAAAAAUGAGAACUUCCACAUUCUCUCUCACAUCCCUCCCUCUCUUCCUCUUCUUCUUCUUCUUCUUCACCUUGAAAGCCAUAACUGCCAAAAACCUCAUCCCUGACACCUGCAAAAAAUGUGUUCAAGAUGAUCCAAACCUAAGCUACAAAUUCUGCGUAACUUCUCUCCAAGCCGCCCCGAAUAGCAGCAGCGCCGAUGUUCGCCAACUUGGCAUAAUCUCCAUGAACUUAAUCCGCCAAAACAUGACCAGCACAAGGCAAUACAUCAAACAACUUAUGAAGAACAGGAAACUGGAUAAAUUCUUAAGGGCCUAUUUGGAAGUCUGCUUGGAGCUUUAUUCAGACGCCAUACCAGACAUCAAGCAAGCUCUCAGAUAUUACAAGGCUAAGCAGUAUCGAGAUGCCAAUGUACGAGUGACUGGAGUGUAUGAUGCCCCUGUAACUUGUGAAGAUGGUUUCCAUGAAAGAAAAGGGUUGGUUUCGCCAUUGACGAAGAGAAACAACGAUGCUGUUCAGCUUUCUGCCAUAGCUCUUUCUAUUAUCGACAUGCUUGGUUCAUUAGGAUUUAAAUUAAUAUAAAUAAGAAGGUAUUUGCAUGGUGGCUUGCUAGCUGUCUUUUGUUCAUGAAUAAAAUGAAAUUUCUACUUAUUUAUUGUAUAUUUGCAGUUAUGUGGUUCG